AUGCACCAGGCAGAUAAUUUCAUCUGGUGUGCUGGUGGCUGCGGCUCCGGUCAGAUCCAUGAAACAGGCGCUGAGCAGCCGAUUGUCAUCUGCCUCCAUUGCAGUGGUCGGAGUUGUUUCACCCACGAGGUUGCGUGGCACGACGGCCUUACCUGUGAAGAGUUUGAUUCUCUCCUUGCCGAUCCGGAAAACUUUCGUUCGCGCAUAGAAGUCGAAAACGCUGCAGUCGACGAGGAGGAGGCUCGCCGUCGUGCCCAAGACGCUGUGGAUCACGCUCUGGCCGGGCGCCUCGCUGCUGACCAGGAGGCAGAAGAGCGGGCUCGAGUGGAGCGCGACAAACAAGCCCGAAGGAAAGCUGCUGAGGCAGCGGAAAAAGCAAGGAAGACGGCUGCCCGGCGUAAGAGGGAGGAUGAACAAAGCAUGGCCACGAUGAACAGGACGACAAAGAAGUGCCCUGGAUGCAGUUGGGCUAUUGAGAAGAAUAGCGGAUGCUCGCACAUGACUUGUACGUAUACCCUCCCUCUCGGCGGCCCCAUCGUCCCAACCCGUGGGCUUGACGCCUUGCGGCUGCGGUGUGGUGCCUAUCUCAGGCUCGACUCACAGUUUGCAGGCCUUAAGUGUCGUUUCGAGUUUUGUUGGGGUUGCUACCGCAGAUGGGGAGCCUGUCGCAACAUCCAGUGCACGGGACCCACGGCGUCUUGA